AUGUCACCAACGGCUGUAGAGGAAUCGAAACCGAAAGCAAAGAGAACCACGGCACGAGGCUAUGAGUUUGGUGAGCGUGGAUCUCACCAUAUCUCACUUGGCGGCGAGCAUCCGUUCAAGAGACGCGAUUUCCAAGAUCCCUUGGAGGCGAGGAAGCACAUGCUUGAACAUACCGCGGGCGCGUUUCGCGUGUUUGCCCGUAAAGGCUACGACGAAGGUGAAGCUGGCCAUUGUUCAGUGCGGGACCCUAUUGACCCCAAUACCUUUUGGAUCAACCCCUUGGGCUACCAUUUCGGCAUGAUUACUGCUAAAGACUUGGUUCACGUUAAUGAAAAGGGAGAGAUUUUACCCGAUGGCAACCAGGCGCCGAUUAAUGCUGCUGGGUUUGCUAUUCAUUCGUCUUUGCACCAGGCUAGACCCGAAGUCAAUGCCGCGUGCCAUUGCCACUCGAUAUACGGUAAAGCAUAUAGUGCUUUUGGCAAGGAGUUGGAUAUGCUCAACCAGGACGCGUGCUUGUUUUACCAAAACCAGGCUGUGUAUGCCGAUUUUGGUGGUGUUGCGUUGGAAAAAGACGAAGGCAGGGCCAUUGCACAAGCUGCCGGUGGUGCCAAUGCCGUGAUUUUGCAGAAUCACGGCUUGCUCACCAUGGGUGAAACCAUUGACGAGGCUGCUUAUUUGUUCACAAUUUUCGAAAAGAGUUGCCAAGUUCAGCUACUGGUUGAUGCUGCUAGUUCCAAAGAACAGCCAAAGCAGUUCGUCCCUGAUGAAGAGGCUGCGUACAGUGCAUAUGUGACUAACGACCCGGACACUUUAUAUGCUGCUUUCCAGCCAGAUUACAACUACCAGGUCAAAUUAUCAAAUGGAGACUUCCUUUUCUCAGCAGACUAA